AUGACAAUGGGCGACCUCGAAGCAUUGGAGAAGGAGUGUGCGUCACUCAAUGAGCGUCUCUACGCUGCAAGGAAUGAAAACAAGCUUCUGGAACUGACAGAAGACGCCCUCAAAUGUAGCGACAGAAAGGUUGCAUACUUCACUGGCAUGGCCAAUUUCACAAUCCUUUAUGCUCUGUUUGGUGUCAUCGAGAGAUUUGGGUCACACAAUGCGAAAAACAGUUUGCCAAAUUUCCAGGAAUUCCUGCUCUUCAUUAUGAAGUUGAAGCUAAAUUUGCAGGUUACUGACCUCGCUUUCAGGCUUAAUGUGUCAGAUGCCACAGUGUCACGCAUAUUUGACAAAUGGCUGCAUGCUGCGUACUGCCGUCUAAAGUCUCAACUUGUGUGGCCACAACGCAGUGCUCUGCAACACACAAUACCACAAGCAUUUUGCGAUUCUUUUGGAGAAAGGGUUGCAGUCAUAAUUGACUGUUUUGAGAUAAAGAUAGAGAGACCAUCUUCGUUUCUGCCCAGAAGUGAAACAUUGUCCCAGUACAAAGGUAGUAACACGGCAAAAUAUUUAAUUGGCAUUGCACCACAAGGUAUUGUCAACUUCAUUUCUGAAGGCUGGGGAGGACGCACUAGCGACAGCAAAAAUGGGCUCUUCAACUCCACGACACCUUUCCCACAGCAGCUGCACGAGACGAUGGCAUCUGGCGACGCACCGAUAAAAGGGUGCAAUGGGCUGUGA